ACCCUUUGGUGGCGGGAAAAGUUCGGAAGCUUUCGCGGCUAGGCGGGGUUAUCGACGUGCCCUGAGUGUGGUACUGGAGGCAGUUCCACCGCGGCAAGCAUGGCCGGGACUGUGGUGUUGGACGAUGUGGAGCUGCGGGAGGCGCAGAGAGAUUACCUGGACUUCUUGGAUGACGAGGAAGACCAGGGAAUUUAUCAGAGCAAAGUUCGGGAGCUGAUCAGUGACAACCAGUACCGAUUGAUUGUCAACGUGAAUGAUCUGCGUAGGAAAAAUGAGAAGAGGGCUAAUCGUCUCCUGAACAGUGCCUUUGAGGAGCUGGUUGCCUUCCAGCGGGCCUUAAAGGAUUUUGUGGCCUCCAUUGAUGCUACCUAUGCCAAGCAGUAUGAGGAGUUCUACAUAGGACUGGAGGGCAGCUUUGGCUCCAAGCACGUCUCUCCCCGGACCCUCACCUCCUGCUUCCUCAGCUGUGUAGUCUGUGUGGAGGGCAUUGUCACUAAAUGUUCUCUGGUUCGUCCCAAAGUCGUCCGCAGUGUCCACUACUGUCCUGCUACCAAGAAGACCCUAGAACGACGUUAUUCUGAUCUCACCACCCUGGUAGCCUUUCCGUCCAGCUCCGUCUAUCCCACCAAGGAUGAGGAAAACAAUCCCCUUGAAACAGAAUAUGGCCUCUCUGUCUACAAGGACCACCAGAUAGUCACCAUUCAGGAAAUGCCGGAGAAGGCCCCAGCUGGCCAGCUUCCCCGCUCUGUGGACGUCAUUCUGGAUGAUGACUUGGUAGAUAAAGUGAAGCCGGGUGACCGAGUCCAGGUAGUGGGGACCUACCGUUGCCUUCCUGGAAAGAAGGGAGGCUACACCUCAGGGACCUUCAGGACUAUCCUCAUUGCCUGUAACGUGAAGCAAAUGAGCAAGGACGCGCAGCCUGCCUUCUCUGCUGAAGACGUAGCCAAGAUCAAGAAGUUCAGUAAAACCCGUUCCAAGGAUAUCUUUGACCAGCUGGCCAGGUCGUUGGCGCCUAGUAUCCAUGGGCAUAACUAUGUCAAGAAGGCGAUCCUUUGCUUGCUCUUGGGAGGGGUGGAACGUGACCUAGAGAACGGCAGCCACAUCCGCGGGGACAUCAAUAUUCUUCUAAUAGGAGACCCAUCAGUUGCCAAGUCUCAGCUUCUGCGGUAUGUGCUGUGCACUGCACCCCGGGCCAUCCCCACCACUGGCCGGGGCUCCUCAGGCGUGGGUCUGACGGCUGCUGUCACCACAGACCAGGAAACAGGGGAGCGCCGUCUGGAAGCGGGGGCCAUGGUCCUGGCUGACCGAGGCGUGGUUUGCAUUGAUGAAUUUGAUAAGAUGUCUGACAUGGACCGCACCGCCAUCCACGAAGUGAUGGAGCAGGGUCGGGUCACCAUCGCCAAGGCUGGCAUCCAUGCUCGGCUGAACGCCCGCUGCAGUGUUCUAGCAGCCGCCAAUCCUGUCUACGGCAGGUAUGAUCAGUACAAGACUCCUAUGGAGAACAUCGGGCUGCAGGACUCACUGCUCUCUCGAUUUGACUUACUCUUCAUCAUGCUGGACCAGAUGGAUCCUGAGCAGGAUCGGGAGAUCUCGGACCAUGUCCUUAGGAUGCACCGUUACAGGGCGCCGGGGGAGCAGGAUGGCGAUGCUAUGCCUCUGGGUAGUGCUGUGGAUGUCCUGGCCACAGAGGAUCCCAACUUUAACCAGGAAGACCAGCAGGACACCCAGAUUUAUGAGAAGCACGACAACCUCCUGCACGGACCGAAGAAAAGAAAGGAGAAGAUGGUGAGCGCCGCUUUCAUGAGGAAGUACAUCCACGUGGCCAAAAUCAUCAAGCCAGUCCUCACCCAGGAGUCGGCCGCCUACAUCGCGGAAGAGUACUCGCGCCUGCGCAGCCAGGACAGCAUGAGCUCCGACACUGCCAGGACAUCUCCAGUUACAGCACGGACACUGGAAACUCUGAUUCGGUUGGCCACAGCCCAUGCCAAGGCCCGUAUGAGCAAGACCGUGGACCUGCAGGAUGCAGAGGAAGCUGUGGAGUUGGUCCAGUACGCAUAUUUCAAGAAGUUCUGUGAACUGUAG